AUCCGUGCGUGUGGUAACGGAUGGAGCCCGAUGCGACCACGGCCACUGGCUGACACCGUGUUGUGUCGCACAGCCCGACAGUACACUCGCAUUACACUCGCAUUACACCCGGGCUGCCAGAAUAUCAAACACUGCGAUUUCGGAGUGUGCUGCUGGGAGCGGAGAGAGCGCGUCGGUCCCCCGGUCGAACACAGCCCCCCUCGCUGGAGGGAGACCCGCGGAGAAAAGCUGCAAUGUUGACAAGAUUCAUUCAUCUGAUUUGAGGAGGACGACUUUUUUGUGUCUCGGUCGCUGCUGACGUAACAUUUCUACCAUGCAAGGAUACCUUUUCGUCUGCUUUCUGCACGGUGUCUCGGUGUUGCCCAGUGCGCGGAAUCAGGCGUAAUGCAUUUCAGGGAACCACGCGGGCUGUAGCGAUUCUGCGAGAUAACGUUGGGCUUUGCAGCAUGGACGCCGCGGUGGAGACGCGGGAUUAGAUCCAUGUCCAGCGGGACUGGCCGGGAUCUGGGGAAUCAUAUUGUACAUUGUUGCAGGACGGUUCCUGCCGCCGCUGCCCCCCGUCCAUCCGACGUAGUUGUGAAUUGAACAUGGCGACUGUACCACCAGUGUAUUGCAUCUGCAGAUUACCGUACGACGUAACCCAGUUUAUGAUCGAGUGCGACGCCUGCAAGGACUGGUUCCACGGAAGCUGUGUGGGUGUGGAUGAGGAUGAUGCCCCUGAUAUCGACAUCUACCACUGUCCCAACUGCGAGAAAACGGACGGUAAAUCCACCCUCAAAAAGAAGAAGAACUGGAACAAACAGGACACGGGACAGAGCACCGACAUCAAGGCGGUUCAGAAUGGCAGCCAAGUGUUCAUCAAGGAGCUCCGUAGCAGGACGUUCCCGAGUGCGGAGGACGUGGUGGUGAAGCUGACCGGGCCCCAGCUCAGCAUGGACUACCUGGAGGAGAACGGCUUCAACGAGCCCAUCCUGGUGCUGAAGAAGGAGGGCCUGGGCAUGUCGCUGCCCGCCCCCACCUUCUACAUCAGCGACGUGGAGAACAACGUUGGCCCUGAUGUGGGCGUCGACGUGGUGGACGUGCCCAAGCAGACGGACAGCAAGAUGAAGCUGAAGGAGUUUGUGGACUAUUACUACAGCACCAACCGCAAGAAGGUCCUGAACGUCAUCAACCUGGAAUUCUCCGACACCAGGAUGGACGGCAUGGUGGAGAGCCCUGCGAUCGUGCGCCGUCUGUCCUGGGUGCAGAACUACUGGCCGGACGACGCGCUGCUGGGGAAGCCCAAGGUCACCAAGUACUGCCUGAUCUGCGUGAAGGACAGCUACACAGACUUCCACAUUGAGUGCGGCGGCGCCUCAGUGUGGUACCACGUGCUCAAGGGGGAGAAGAUCUUCUUCCUCAUCAAGCCCACCUCGGCCAACCUGUCGUUGUACGACCGCUGGAGGUCCUCGUCCAAUCACAGCGAGAUGUUCUUCGCUGACCAGGUGGACAAGUGUUACAAGUGCACGCUGAAGCAGGGCCAGACCCUCCUCAUCCCUUCAGGUUGGAUCAACGCAAUCCUGACCCCAGUGGACUGUCUGGCCUUCUCCGGCCACUUUGUGCACAACCUCAGUGUGGAGAUGCAGAUGAGGGCGUACGAGGUGGAGCGUCGGCUGAAGGUGAAGACCCUCACGCCCUUCCCCAACUUCGAGACGGCGUGCUGGUACGUGGGGCGCCACUACCUGGAGAGGUUCAAAGGUUUACAUAAAGCCAACAAGCAGCCGGCGCCCUACCUGGUGCACGGCGCCAAGAUCCUCAACGGCGCCUUCAGAGCCUGGACCAAGAAACAGGCCCUGCUGGAACACGAAGACGAGCUCCCGGAGAACAUGAAGCCCACCCAGCUCAUCAAGGACCUGGCCCGGGAGAUCCGUGUGGCGGAGAACGCCACCAAGGCGGUGAAGAGCGAGCCCAGCAGCGCCAAGGUGCCCGUGGAGGAGCCCCCCUCCACGCACUCGGACGGGGAGGAGGAGUCCGACAGCCCCGCCCACACGCCCUCGCCCGGCCGCGACAAGACCCCCCGGAAGAAGGCCACCAAGCCCUCCAAGCCGCCCAAGAUGCCCAAGGCGCCCAAGCCCCCCAAGGUGCCCAAGGUGAAGGAAGGCGGGAAGAAGAAGGGCAAGAAGGCCAAGGAGCUGACGCCGCCGCCCCCCAAACCCUCCAGCUUCGCGGCGUUGGAGUCCCACGCCAAGGACAUCCUCAGCAAGAUGGACCAGCCCAAGAAGGGCAAGGCGGUUAAGAAUGUCCUGAGUAUGUCAGAGAAAGAAAUAUCAAAGCAGAACAAUGUGGAGAAGUUUGAGAUCAGAGAGCAGAAUAGGAACAAGACUGAAGCGAAGUGGAAGUACAAGAAUAGUAAACCAGACUCCCUACUGAAGAUGGAGGAGGAGAGCAAAAUGGACCGGUCGUCGAUGAACAAAGACCGGUUCAGCUUCACCAUGUCCCACAAGAAGCUCCUCGGGUCCAAGGCCCUGAAGCCGGCCGGCAGCCCAGGCGUGUUCGGCUCGCUGCAGAACCUGAAGGAGGACAAGGCCAAGCCGGUGCGGGACGAGUACGAGUACGUCUCAGAUGAGGGCGAGCUGAAGAUCGACGAGUUCCCCAUCAGGAGGAAGAAGAAUGCCACCAAGAGGGACCUCUCCUUUUUAUCCAACAUACGAGAGCCGAUCACGCCGGCCAAGAAACCAAAGCUCCUGCCCGCCGUCACCAAGAACGCCGACUCCUCUGACGAAGAGUCAUUACACAUCGACACCGAGGUCAAACCCGAGGUCAAAGGUCGCAACUCAAAGGUCAAGAAGAAGGGCGGGAACGCCGCCGGCAUCCUCGACCUGUUGCAGGCCAGCAAGCAAGUGGGCGGCAUCGACUACAACACCAACAGCACACAGGAGGCCAUCCAGGGCAUGCUGUCCAUGGCCAACCUGUCCUCCUCGGACAGCCUGCCGCAGCCCUGGUCCAACAGCCAGUCCAAGACCAACAGUCAGUCCAAGGGGAACAGCCAGGCCAAGGGGAACAGCCAGGCCAAGGGGAACAGCCAGGCCAAGGGGAACAGCCAGUCCAAGACCAACAGCCAGUCCAAGACCAACAGCCAAUCGAAAGGGAACAGCCAGGCCAAGGGGAACAGCCUUGCCAAGACGAACAGCCAGGCCAAGGCGAACAGCCAGGGCAAGGGGAACAGCCAGGCCAAGGGGAACAGCCAGCCCAAAACCAACAGCCAGCCCAAGGCGAACAGCCAGCCCAAGGCCAACUCGCACGGCGCCCAGGCCGACAAGAAGGGCGGCCGGGCGGGCACCGGCGCUGGCGGCGGCGGCGGGAAUAGCAAGCGGCCGGCCAAGAGAGUCCCCAAGAAGCCCCGCAAGAGCAGCAGCAUCGACAGCAUGGACUUCGACGAUGACCAGGACCACAUGGACGCCUGCUUCAAGGACUCGGACUACGUUUACCCUUCUCUGGAGUCAGAGGAGGAUAACCCCGUCUUCAAGUCGAGAUCGAAAAAGAGAAAAGGUUCGGACGACACGCCGUACAGCCCGACAGCCCGCGUGGGGCCCUCGGUGCCCCGACACGAGAGACCGGCGAGGGACGGCGCCCGGGUGGCGUCCGUCGAGACCAGCCUCGCCGCCGCCGCCGCCAAGCUGUCCCAUCAGGAGGAGCAGCAGAAGAUGAAGAAGCAGCAGCGGCUGACGAAGAGGAAGGCGCCGGUGGUGGAGGAGCCGCGCCGGCCGUCCCGGGACAGCAGCAGCAGCUCCCCGGAGCCCGGCGCCGAGUCCCGCGACGAAGACGACGACGACGACGACGACGACGACGAAGACGAGUCCGACGAGUCAGACGAAGACGGCAACGAGGAGGAGCAGAGCGACCGGGAGGAGCGCGCGGCCACGGCGGGCGCCAAGUCGCCGCCGGGUGGGCCCGCGCCACCGGCCCCGGGGGUCUUCCUCGCCCAGAAGAAGGGCUCCACGUCGUCCCCUGGCCUGGGAGGGGGCGCGGCUAACUCCGCCUCCACGGGGCCCGCCAACAGCACCGCCUCCUCCGCCGCGACGGCGGGGGCCAAGGCGGAGAGGAGUAGCUCCACCGACGCUAAAUCCAAGCGUCAGAAGAAAGGCAUGGCCACGGCCAAACAGAGACUUGGCAAGAUCCUAAAGAUCCAUCGGAACGGAAAGCUCCUUCUGUAGCAUCGACGGGUGAAGGACAGCCAUUUUAUGAACUUGGAUCGCCUCCCGCCUCUUUUGUCCUCCUCUCCGCCGACUCCGAAGCCAACCCAGCGCAGGAGGAAACAGAGAGGGG